AAUGGCCGCUGAACAUAGUGAUGCUAAAAGCAUACAGCAAACUGGUGAACCAUGUGAUUUAAAAAUUUAUAAUGAUGAUUUUUUAUAUGGAUUGCAAAAAAUCCGAAUUAGUGGUUUACAAGAAAAGAAUAGUGUCCAGAAAGUUGAAUCAGUAAAAUGGUCUGAUAUUGGUGGGCUAGAAGAAGUAAAAGUAGGAUUAUUUGGAUUUUUAAUCUCUAAAAAAGAUAAACUUGAUAAGUCAAAAGCCGUGGCCACGGAGUCAUCUGCCAAUUUCAUUCCAGUUUCAAUACCGGAUUUGAUCAAAGGUGAGUUGGAAUUGGAUCAAUUAGAUUCAGUGGAUCAAGGAGUUGUUGUACUUUCUGCAACCAAUAAUCCAAGAGCUAUUGAUCCUUCUUUAUUAAGACCUGGCCGCAUUGAUAGAUUAGUUUACAUUAAACCUCCAUCGUUUUCCGAAAGAAUUUCAAUUUUACAAAUACAAAAUGUUAAAAUGAAAUUUUCUAAAAGCGUAAAUCUUAGAGAAAUUGCAGAAAAAACAGAGAAUUUUACUGGUGCUGAUCUAAAAGCUUUAGUACAAAGGGCAGCUCUUUUGAGGUUUAAGAAAUACAAGGCUGGAGAGCGACAAUUAAAUCUCGACGUUGAGGUACUUAAUUCAGAUCUUUUAGAAGCUCUUUCAAAAUCUAGUCCUUCUAUUAAUUUGUCACAGCUUGAUAU